AUGGCCGACAUGGCUGAUCCUACUGCUGGCGGCGACAACCAAACCGGCCAGCGGACCAUCCGCGAAGCUGAAAAUCGACCCCAGAGCCACACGAGUCGCUUUGCCAGCAACAACCAGGCCAUCGAUCUCACAGGGGAAGACCGGAUUGAGUCGCCCACUGAUGCUGCCAUGCCUCUGAUCAGACGCCCUGCUGCUGCAGCUUCUGCUGCUGGGCCUUCUCAAAUGAACAAUUCUCAACAAGCACAGACUGGGUCCGCCCAAUAUGAGCCCUCAUUAUACCACCCGAGCACCAUCCCUAGCAUCACUCCCGGCAGUAUCCCCGGUACCAACACCGGCCCACUGCCUAGUAUUCGUCACUCGGCCCUUCCUACCGCGCCCAUUUUUGCCACUGGAACGCCUAUCACCCAGGCCCCCGUCCCCCAGGCUCCAAUUACCCAAGCGCCAAUCACCCAGGCCCCCAUCCCCCAGGCCCCUCUCCCGGUCAUCGGCCCUGGGGGUCGCAUUUCGUUGCGGUUGAGCCCUGAACUCAUCACUAGUGCUAUUGGGCGCCUGGUUCCAGAUUCACGCACAUUGAUGGCCGACAUCGAGUUCAGACAAAGCCAGCGCACCUGCAAGUUUAUGGACGAUUGCAAUAUCAUAAAGGACAUGGACUAUGACGAUAUUAAGUGGCGCAAGUCCAUGUCCCACAUCUUUGGUCGCAACAAGAACUGCACACGGAGCAUCCCCGACCAUGUCUGGUAUUGGUUUUGCAGGAAGCACUACCAGCGUGCUCGGUACCGCAACUCCCAUGAGUACAAUAUGCUCAUCAGCCGGAUCGUCGAGCUCCAGGUCCUGCGUCUAGAAGCCUGGAGCAACUACAACCGCGACAUGGCCAUGCCCCAGAACGGCGUCGUCGCCGACUGGUCGCUGAUGGUCCGUCGCCGCCAGCAGGUCCUCAUGGACGAGGAGCAAGGCCGCAAGCGCAAGUCGAGCGCCGAGGACCAGGACGAGCCAGACGAGGACGACGACGAGGAGGAGGUGGAGAGCGGUGGCCCCGCCAGCCCGACCCCUGCCGACACCGGGGCCGGGGUGGUGCCCGCCUGGCUCCUGGCCCUGGUGGGCACCGGGAAGACGACGGUCGAGAUCCAGGCCAUCCUCGCCGACAUCUACCAGGACCUGGCGACCCACCGCCUAAGCCGCUUCCCGGAUAUCGAGCUGUUGCCCAACAUCACGGGCGACAGGGCCAGGCCCAGACCCAACCGGGCCAAGCCGGGGAGCGGAGCCGCUGCCAGGAAGAACGCCGCUGCUGGGCAAGGCGCCCACCAGAGCAAGCGGCAGCGCGGGAACGACGACGACCGCCGGCCUCAGCCUGCCAUCCAAGGGGGCCGCUCCCAGUUCGGUCAACCCUCGGGCCCCGCCCACCCCCCCGCUCACCUUCUUGGCCCUGCCCCUUCCGCCGCGCCGCUCGCCUUUCCGCCCUGGUCGAGCCACUAUCCCAGCGGCCAGCCCUCCCACCAGCGGUCCGCGUCGCUAGACACCAACCAGUUCGCCCAGACUGGUUACCACCAGCCUCCGGGCCCCUACCGCUUCGGCGGUUACGGCCAGGGCCCCGCCCACACCGCCGGGGGGUACAAUGGCUAUUUUGGCGCCCAGACCCCCGAGCCGGAAAAUGGCUAUUUUUCGGUCGACUACGACGCCCGGCGCCAGCAGCAGCGGAUGCAGGCGCACUCGCAGUCGGCCUACGGGCAGGGGCCGGGCUACGGCCAGGGAGGCGGCUAUGGCCAAGCGGGGGGCUCCUACCCCGGCUCCGGCAGCCACCAGCAGGGGAUGUCCCAGGUCAGCGCAGCUAAGCACUCGCGCAACCUGAGCACCCCCGUGCGGCCCACGCCGAUGAUGGGGAUGGGGGGGAUGGGCGGCGGCGGCGAGCGCUCGCAGGAGUUCAUGCGCGGCGGCCCGGCCGACAGGGCCGACAACAUGUACGCUGCCCAGGCCCAGGCCCAGCAGCAGUACCACCACGUCUUUGCUCCGUCGGCUCCUGGCCCCAGCGCCGAUAAUGUCCCGCGCUACGCCAGUGCCACCACGGCCCAGCUCCCCAUCCACGGCGGGAGGCCCAUGUCCUCUGCUCCCAGCAUGCCUGCUCCGGGGUACUCUGCCGCCGGCCUUCCCGCUCCCGGCCUCUCUUCUGCUGGCGUUCCUCCCCCGGCCCCGGAGGGCUACGAUAACCGCCUUCCUCCUCCGGGCCCGGACGGCUACGACAACCCCUACCUUCCUCCCCACUCCCGCCACUAGGCGCUCUCUCCGUGAGAGAGACAGGCUGUUGUCUUCUGAGGAGACACCAGCUGGGGGCGAGUGAAUGUUAUCUUUAUUCUCCUAGUACCUCGCAUACGUGAGCGAGCGAACAGAGAUAUCACCACCAACAAACGACCAACAAACGACC